AUGAAUUCCUAUUCUCCUACGGAUAGUAAAUCAGAGGCGAUUGCCACAGAUCUUCCUCCAAGGCACAAGAUAAUUGUCGCCGUAGACUAUGGAACGACUUAUUCUGGUGUUUGCUAUGUCCAAAGCACCGCCAAAAGUUUCAAGGAUGUUGUUUGCAUCAACUCAUGGUUAGGCAGUACUUCCAAUAACAAAUUCGAUAAAGCCCCAACCAGGAUCGCAUACCCGAAGGAGAAUAAGACAACCAUGAUCACACACCCGAGGACGAAGUUAAAAUUAAAGUUGUGGGGCUUCCAAGUGAAGCCAAAGUUGAUUUCAUGUUCUUGGACCAAGCUCCUUGACAAAAACGCUCGUCCGCAAGAGUAUGAUGAUGUUCAUUCGACAGAAAUCGAUCAAGGAAUGAUGCACUUGCCACCAUCGCUCACAGCAAAUUGCUGGAUCACCUUACCUGCCAUCUGGUCUGAGGAGGCAAAGUACAACACUCUGAGUGCUGCUAAAUCGGCUGGAUUUGGAAAUCGCUUGAUGGAUGAGAUACACACCAUUGCAGAGCCAGAGGCUGCGGCUAUCGCGACACUGAAGGACCUUACUACACCAGAUACUUUAAAUGCCGUGCAGCGCGGGGACAAUAUCCUUAUUUGUGACGCUGGGGGAGGAACUGUCGAUGUUACUACAUAUACAGUCACGUCGGUGGUACCGAGGCUAGAGUUUGAGGAGCUUUGUGGUGGGAAGUGUGGAUCUACUUUCAUCGACCGCCACCUUCACGAUCUCUUAUCGAAACGAUUCGGUGAUACGUUUAAGGCCAUUCCAUAUUCGAUGAAGGGCCCGGGAAGCCGAUUUAUGGACGCGUGGGAACUUCUCAAGAGAGACUUCGGCCGCGAUAAUAAGGAGCACCCAAGGAUCUUUGAACUAGGUCAAUUGAAUCUCAAGUUGCCGAGCUCUCAGUAUUACGAAAGCCUGGAGUUUAAUAUCUUACUCUCACAUCGAGACAUGGAAACAUUGUUCGACCUAGUGAAAGAGCAAGUCAAUGAAGCACAUGAACGCAAACAGGCAAAAAUCCAUCGUAUUGUCUUGGUUGGUGAGCUUGGUAGCUCAAGGUACCUGUACAAUGCACUAUCGGAUUGGUGUUCCUCUAAUGGGGAAAUUCAAAUUCUCUGCUCUAGAGACCCUAUUACCGCCGUUAUGAGAGGUGCUGCAAUUAGGGGACUUGAAGGCAUUGCACCUCGUCUCAAGUAUGCUCGUCGUCAUUACGGGUUCGAAAUCUGUAGGAAAUUUCGGAACGGCAUCGAUGAUGAGACAUACGCAUACAUUGAUGACUUCUCCAAUGAGAAAUAUUGUACCGGGCGAUUGAUGUGGUGUGUUGAUAAGGGCGACGAGAUCACUGAAGGGGAGCUUCGGUCGAAAAGCUUUGCGAGGGUUUACACACCGGGAAAAGAAAUGACCUCUGUGAUUAGGCUUUACUCUUGUGCCGCGGACUCACAGCCCGAAAGAAUAGAUAAUCCACGUGUUGAGGAGAUAAACAAGAUACUUUCCGUUUUCCCUUCGGACUUCAACUUCGGCAUCGAUUGCGACUCAAGAUACAACCCUCGCCUCCACAAGACGGUCCAUCAGUUUCAUUUCCAGGUACAAGUUAUCUUCGGCGAUCGAGGAUCUAAUCUGCAAUUUAGAACAGUUGUUGGUGGCAGGGUGAUGUCCGGCACCACGAUUGAGUUUCCGGAACAUUGA